GAAAUAACUAUAGCACCAUCCAUGUCAGGCUGGUACGCUCUCUUCACUCGUUCCCAAACCUGCCUGAUUUCAAAGCAAUCUUUGACAUUUGUGCUCUGUUAGAACACUUCUUGCCAAGAGAUCACUGUAUAGUUUCACAAAUAUUAUUGAAGUCUCACACAGUGCCUGUGAGGUAUAUCAGUAAAGUUAUGUCAUUUUUUCACAUGAGUAAAUUGCAGCAUAGAGAAGUGAUUUUUUUUUUUUUUCUUGUUUUCCCUGAGACCAGAAGCAAGAUCCCAAGAGUCCUGGCUCCUCCAUCCUGGUUUUAUAACUUGUACUGCACUGCCUCUGUUUUAACAGAGUCCUGGCCUAAAGAUGCAGUUAAAGCACUAAAGAAAAAGCUUUCCAAAAACUGUAACCAUAAGGAGAUCAGGCUUACCCUGUCUCUGCUUGACAUGUGUAUAGAGAACUGUGGCCCAAGGUUCCAGUCUUUAGUUGUGAAGAAAGAUUUCUGUAAAGACAAGCUGGUGAAACUACUGAAUCCAAGAUACAAUCUGCCAAUUGACAUGCAGGAGAAAAUCUUGACCUUUAUCAUGACUUGGGCCCGAGGUUUCCAAGGAACGGUGGAUGUGAGUGAAGUAAAAGAAGUUUAUCUAGAACUGCUGAAGAAAGGUGUGGAGUUUCCAUCUUCUGACACCAACAGAGAGGGAACUAAGACUUCAUCUCAGCCUUCUACAAAGUCAUCACCAUCUUCUGCUAAUCCUGCGAAACGUUCUUUACUGCCUCUUCCCACAGGCCCAACAUUAUUGUUGACUCCUGAGCAGAUCGGUAAACUGUACAGUGAACUGGAUAUGGCAAAAAUGAAUGUGAGAGUCAUGUCAUCAAUAUUAAAAGAAAAUGUUCCUGGCUCUGAAAACCCAGACGAUAUGAAUCUUUUACAGAAGCUCUAUAAGACCUGUCGGAUGAUGCAGGAGAGGAUCAUGGAAUUGCUGGUGACAGUGGAGAAUGAAGAUGUGAUAGUUGAGUUAAUACAAGUAAAUGAAGAUCUGAAUAAUGUCCUCCUGGGACAUGAGAGGUUCUCUCGAAACAGAGUUCGUUUCUUGGAGAAUCAGAGAAUACAACGUGAACGCACAGAGCUGUACAGGAAACAGCCAUCUGCUCCCUCAAGUGAUCUACUUGACCUCUCCGUAGAUUCUCCAUCUCCUGUGCCAGCAGUGGUGCAGACUGACUCUGCAGUGUCUCCUUCAGGCCUUAAUUGCAUAUCUGCACACCCUGAAGAUAAAACCAGGCAUCAUUCAUCAAUUUAUCCACAGCUAGAUUUAACAACUACUACAAAAGCUCAGCAAUUCCCAUUUGCAACUGAAGCACAAAACAAUAGUGUAAGCAACCCAGCUGGACACUCAUACAGCAAUGUGAGUAACACUCAUGUCCAGGAUAAUCAUUCUUUGCUGGCAACUGUCAAAAUGAGAAUGGUUUGGAUUUACCCCAACUGCUGUCCAAAUGGGAUACAAAGAUGUGUUCUGUGGCCCUUCCCCAUGCAUCAGGGAACACUCUGUAUUUGGGGACCAGGCCAACUUUCCUCUUUGAUACUACAGAUGCUAAUAGGAAAGCAUAUUUUUCUUGGGUCCAGCACUGUCUUGGGGAAUUUUGCAGAAAACAGUUGCUCUAUUAUUUGUUUAAUCUGUUGCUGUGUGAAACAAGCUGAGAUCUCCUGCUGACAUUAUGUUACUCUGGUGUAUUUCUUAUGUCAAAUAAAAUAUUAAAAAAAUCCCCAACCAACCAAACAAACAAACCAACAACAAAACAAGCAAAAAACCCAAAUGCUUAAAGGAAAUAGAGUCUAGGACAAAUGGCAUAUGCUGCAAACAAAACACCCAUGACAGAAGGAAUACAAAGAAAACGAAGGGGCUUUGAGGUAAUGCUGUGCAUUUGAAUGCUAUUCUGUGGUAGGCAGUAUGGAACAGAGAAGAUGAGAGACAGCCCCCAAACACACAUGUAUAUUCCCUAUUUUAAACUGCAAAUAAAAGCAGAUACCUGUAUUGUGAAUGCUGCUGUCUGUGCGUCCGUGCAGUGUAACAAAUUACACAGGAGUAAGUUAUACAGAUGUGCUGUAGAUAAUGCUAAAAGGUGUUUGGAACUUUUGUGUGGCGAAUGGAGAUUAAUUAGAUUGAUAACUGUUGACCCUAGAAUUUACCUGCUACAGUCUGAGAGUCUAAAGAUAAAUGAGCAGUUAUAUGAGUUAAUUCAAACCAGUUUUCAGAGAACAAUUUGUUUAUGCACUGUCUUGCUUGAUGUCCUUAGUUGGCGACUCUUUUAAGCCCAGUGCCUCUGAAUCCAGUAAAUGUACAGACUGGACAUACUACAUCAUUAAAUGGACCAUCACCAGCAG